GGGCAUACCCAGAGGGUGGGAAGAGUCCGCGCUGCUGACUUUUCAGACGAAUUCCACACCCGCAAGUGGUCUGAUGUCGCGCAGCGGAUCAGUUCCUGAGCAGCGCCAGCAGGCGUCGGAGGCGGACGCCACGGCCACAGCCUUCCGGGCGAGCGAACAUCAGCAUAUCCGCUGUAACCCACUACAAGAUGAGUGGGUGCUGGUGUCAGCUCACCGCAUGAAGCGGCCCUGGCAGGGGCAAGUAGAGCCCCCGCUCUUGAAGACAGUUCCCCGCCACGACCCCCACAACCCUCUGUGUCCCGGGGCCACACGGGCCAAUGGAGAGGUGAAUCCCUACUAUGAUGGCACCUUCCUGUUUGACAACGACUUCCCAGCUCUGCAGCCUGAUGCCCCCAGUCCAGGACCCAGUGAUCAUCCCCUUUUCCAAGCAGAGGCUGCUCGAGGAGUUUGUAAGGUCAUGUGCUUCCACCCCUGGUCGGAUGUAACACUGCCACUCAUGUCAGUCCCUGAGAUCCGCACUGUCGUCGAUGCCUGGGCCUCAGUGACAGAGGAGCUGGGUGCCCAGUACCCUUGGGUGCAGAUCUUUGAAAACAAAGGGGCCAUGAUGGGCUGUUCCAACCCCCACCCCCACUGUCAGGUGUGGGCCAGUAGUUUCCUGCCAGAUAUUGCCCAGCGUGAGGAGCGAUCUCAGCGGGCCUAUCAAAGUCAGCAUGGAGAGCCCCUGCUUAUGGAGUAUGGCCACCAGGAGCUGCUCAGAAGGGAACGUCUGGUCUUAACCAGUGAGCACUGGUUAGUAUUGGUCCCCUUUUGGGCAGUGUGGCCCUUCCAGACACUGCUGCUGCCCCGUAGGCAUGUGCGGCGUCUGCCUGAGCUGACCCCUGCUGAGCGUGAUGAUCUAGCCUCCAUCAUGAAGAAGCUCUUAACCAAGUAUGACAACCUAUUUGAGACAUCCUUUCCCUACUCCAUGGGCUGGCACGGUGCUCCCACAGGAUCAGAGGCUGGAGCCAAUUGGGACCAUUGGCAGUUGCAUGCUCAUUACUACCCUCCACUCCUGCGCUCUGCCACCAUCCGGAAAUUCAUGGUUGGCUAUGAAAUGCUUGCCCAGGCACAGAGGGACCUCACCCCUGAGCAGGCUGCAGAGAGACUAAGGAUGCUUCCUGAGGUUCAUUACUGCCUGGGGCAGAAGGACAGGGAGACAGCAACCAUCGCCUGACCACGCUGACCACAGGGCCUUCUGCUUGAGGGAACCAGGGCCUAGGGUUUGGGAAGAUGUGGGAUCAAUAAAACUAAACUGUGUUUCUCAAACUUUAA